UCCCCUUCUCUUUGUUUUUGGGUAACCGCCUUUGAAGUAAUCGGCUGCGCGGAUUGUUGACGUUUAUGUAUGUGUAAAAAGUAAUUAAAUUUUACGAGGGUGCAAGUUAGUACGAAUAUGAUAUAAAAAAUGAAUAUUAUAAACGUAUUAUGUUUCAAUAGAUCAAUAUAAUCAUGCCAAGUUCCUUACUUUUUGGCAUUAAUAAUGAGGGUAGAGUUCACACCCUGUCUACCACAGGAUCGUUUUGGCGAGAAUUACCUUAUGCCGGCCAAGAAUUCAAGAAAUUAUCCUCUGUACCACAUUUUUUAUGGGCUUUAGGAGGAGAUCAUCAAAUAUAUGUUUAUGUUUAUGGUUUAGAUGUUCCAAUUCGAGUAGUUGAAGAAUCGUAUGAAAACGAGAGAUGGUUGCCUAUUGAAGGCUUUUCCUCACGCUUAUUACCAACAGACCGUUGCCAUUUUUCUAACUUAGAUGGUACCGAAGAUAGAGCUAUUGAUAAAAUACGACUACCAUCAAUGGCGUGGCAAUGGGAAGGAGAUUGGCAAAAAGAACUGAUUCUAAAUGGUCAGCCUUUAGAUCAUGAUGGGUGGACAUAUGCUGUAGACUUUCCAGCAACUUUUUAUCCCAAAAAACAAUGGAAGAGCUGUGUUAGGAGAAGACUGUGGACUAGAUCUAGGAGAUAUAGUGCGAUGAAUACUUGGUGUGCUAUUGCACCUCUACACAAAGAUGCUACCAGUGAACCUUUUAUUGAUGUUUCUGUUGGAGGACAAAAUGUUUCUGGGGCUGAUCCGGGAACUAUGCUGGUGUGGUCAGUGACAUCUCAUAAUAGAGUAUUAUUCAGGUCUGGUGUAAGUACAAGAUCACCAGAAGGCGCGCGUUGGAUUCACGUCCAAACUCCUUCUGGUUCCGAAGCAUGUCAAAUUAGCGUAGGACCCACAGGAUUAGUUUGGGCAUCGACAUUAAAUGGAACAGCUCUAGUUAGAAUCGGAGUGUGUCGUGACAAUUUACAAGGUGAUGCCUGGGUGACAGUAAAUAGUCCCGGAGAAAAUUUAAGAAUAACUCAAAUUUCCGUUGGAACAUGCGCAGUUUGGGCUGUUACUCAUGAUAAACAGAUAUGGUUCAGGAAAGGAGUAAAAGGAGAAGGCGCUAGCUUAAGUGAAGAAUUAUCCACUGGAAAUGGAUGGAUAGAGAUGGUCGGUAGAAUUAGUCAAGUUUCAGUAGCUGCAAAUGAUCAAGUUUUCGGAGUUGGUGCUGACGACCGUUUAGUUUAUCAUAGAACCGGUGUGUGUCCAGAAGAUUUAACAGGAAAACGAUGGCAUGCGUUAAGAGCGCCACUACAAGUUAGCAGAGCAAGUAGUAAUGCUAGUAUUAAUAGGGACAAAUUUCAUAGAAGCUACAAUAACUUGCAAUCUCGACCGAGCAGUAUGAUUGAACAAUCAGCUAUAACAGAAUGGGAUAAUCACGCCCAUUCAGCACCAACAGUUCCAACAUCCCUACCAGUAGGUGAUUUAAAUACCAAGUAUGAAAUACAACCAAAAAAUCCAAAAGCAUGGAGUCCCGUACAUUCUGUAGGAUCCAUUGUAGGUAUGGAAGUACAUCCUGAAACUGAUGAAAGUAUUUGGAGCGAAUCAAGUAGAGAUUCUUGUAUUUUUGCCGAUGACGAAGAAUUGGGAUGGGGAGAGUAUGAAGCCCCUUGGUCUUGUGUAGAAUCUGGUGCUUGCACACUUGAUGUAUCACAACUUCCAAAUUGGUUUGGUGAUUCAGAUUCGCGCAAUGCUAAUGCAGAUUUUAAUGAACCGUGGAGAAUAAAAAUUUUACAAGAUUUAAAAAUGCGCUCACCAAAUAAUGAAAAAUUCGCUGAUUAUGAGUUGGCAGUAAAUACUACAUCUUGGAUGCAUUCAGGAGAAGCUAGAGUUAGUAUACAUGGAGGUACUUUCAUGGAUUGUAUUUUACAAUUAGAAUGGAUCGAAAAUAACGGUACUUUGACAAUAUUAAAUCCAGAUGGAGCAACUACAAUGCACUCUUUCAGUCUUGGUGACAUAACAUGUGUUCAACUACGGAGUGAACCUGGGAAUCCCCGCUUAGCAAUACACAUCCCAAGGCAUUCUACAAGAAUGAUUAAAUUACAAUUUACCAGUGAUGCCUUACUAGAAGAAUGGCAAGCUCUGUUUGCUACUAGUUGUGGAAAAAUUCAUAAUGUUACUGGAAAGCCAAGUGACGAAAGUGUAUGGGCAGUUACACACCUAGGCGACAUAUUUGUAUGGGAUCCGACCCAAUUAGAAUCUAACCAACUUCGAGAAGACGAAUUCUAUGUUCAGAAAUUUGAUUUGAGUCGUAAAGAAUCACCUUUCAAAGUAGCUUUGCACGUAGGUUGUAUACCAGGUACUAUUAUUACUCUUAACGGUUGUGUUGGAGAUGAUGCAGAACGAAUAGCUAUAAAUUUAGAAGCUCCCAUAACCUACAAAUUAAGACAUAAGGCACAUACUGAAAUUGAUAACGUCUGUUUACAUAUUAACCCCCGAUUUGAUUCAAAUGAAGUGGUGAGAAAUGCUAUGAUUGAUGGUAAAUGGGGCUUUGAAGAAAAAGAAGGGGAUAACCCGUUUUCAAAAGGACAAGAAUUUAAUCUUAGAAUAGAAACUACGGAAGAUGCUUUUGUUAUAUUUGUUAAUGAUAAAGAAUUCACCUCAUUUAGACACAGGUUGCCUCCUCAAAGUGUUUCUAUAUUAAGUUACUGGGGUAAAAUGCAACCAUUUAAACUAGUUAUAAAGAGUCCCGUUUUAAUAAUGGAUAUGUUGGAUGUGUAUUGGAGGCAGCUAGGAGGGCAUUUGAAAAAAGUUGAGACUUGCUCUGUAGGGGUUACCUGGGGAAUAGGUUAUGAUUAUACGGCUUGGGCGUAUACUGGAGGAUGGGGAGGAGGGGUGUUUGGAACUUUAGAUAGCCACAAUGUUUAUCCAAUGACUGAUUCGCAAGACUACAGGGUGUAUGAAAAUCAACGAUGGAAUCCAUUAACAGGCUAUACUUCUGCAGGCUUACCAACAGAUAGGUACAUGUGGAGUGAUGCUACAGGCAGAAAGAAGCGCACUAGAGAUCAAGUAAAGCUCCUCUCUGUACACUGGCAAUGGGUAUCUGAUUGGAUGACAGAUUUUCACGUACCUGGAGGUGUAGAUAAAGAAGGUUGGCAGUAUGCCAUGGAUUUUCCAUCUACGUAUCAUGCCAAUAAGCAGUUCACAGAUUAUGUAAGACGUCGCAGAUGGUACAGAAGAUGUGCAAUAGCAACAACAGGUCCCUGGCAAGAAAUAGGACACACUAAAAUAUUGGAUGUCUCUUUGGAGCCAGUUAGUGAUUUUGUAGAUUCAACUGUAGCUGUUUGGGCUCUUGCAACUGGAGGACAAGCUGUAGUACGAGUAGGAGUUUCUAAAUCAAAUCCCGCAGGUCACAUAUGGGAACAUGUAAAUACAGAUCAACCUUUAACCAGUAUUAGUUGUGGUCCAUUUAAACGUGUCUGGGCUGUGGGAAGGAAAGGCUGUGCUUAUUAUCGAUUAGGCAUAACUGAAGAGAAGCUCGAAGGAGAUAAAUGGGUAUGUGUCGAAGCUCCACAAGGAAGUCAACUAAAGCAGAUAUCAGUGAGUUCACUUGGUGUAUGGGCUGUAGACCAAGAAGGUAGAAUACACGUUAGGAAAGAAAUUACAUCUACAUUUCCUGAGGGGACACAUUGGCAGACCAUAGUAGCCGAUCCUCCAGUUUUAAAUUCUGCACCAGACACUACAGGAUUCAAGCAUGUCAGUGUCAGUCAUAGUCAAGUUUGGGCUACUACAAAUGGUGGUGUAAUCCUCAGAAGAGAAGGAAUAUGUGCAGCAAAUCCAGGAGGAUCAGGAUGGGAUAUUGGUAUUGCGGUAAGAUUCUUUCUACUUUUUCAACAUAUAUUCCACCCAAUUGCCACUAGCUUUCAGUAAAUUUUGCACAUCGUUACAUCAUAAAUUCAUAACUACAAAUAUAGACUAUGCAAGUUAAUUACAGUCCACCAAUAUUAGUUUUAACGAAGAGCAUUAAAGUAUGAAAAACUGAACAUACUUUCAAUAAUAGAUUUAUUUCAUGUGGUGAAAAUGAUCUCCCAGAUCACCAGCAUUAUCUCUAAAUUUCUUUUUUAUUAUUAUUUAAAUCGAAAUGUUUAUCGAUAGGUAUUAAAGGAAUGCAAAAUCUUGAUGAAUUAAAGGUAAAAGAAUUCAACUUUGUCAUAGAAUCAUAGUGAAUAGAUAUGGAACUAAUAUAUUAGUAUUUUGUUUAACUGAUAGAGAUAAAUUAUUAUAAAUAAUAUACAAAUAUAUCAUUUUUAAAAUCUACUUAAUUUCUAAGCCAUUAUGGUAGAAUGGGGUGACAAUUUUUUGAUAAAUUACCCUUUAAAAAUUUUUAUUUUUGUGAACUGGACCAACAAGUCUUCCCCUCGACUUUAUUUUAUACCCAUUUCUUACAUUUACUUUAUAGUAUCCGUGGUAAUACAUGUCUACGUCGAUUCAUGAAAUACUAAUUCAUGGUCCUCUCAUUGUUUAAUGGCACCAAUGCCAAUUGGAAUAAUUUUGGAGGAAGCUAAGUCCCGCGACAAGGACAUAAAAAAUUACCGAAAGCAUAAUUGCCGAAAAACGUCUAAAGUUAACCCUAUGAAGGAUGUAAUAAAACGGUUGCUCGUAUCUUUAGACCUACUAAUAUCAAGUUUACGUUUAACUUCGCCGAAAAAAGUCCAAUAUUAUCAAGUGAAGCGAUAAAACUUUUACUUCCUACCUAUGCAAAUGUAGCUGAUUCUAAUCAAUUCGACACUAGCUCGGAUAUGAGUGUUGACCAGUUUUGUACAUGUAUUAUGAAUGAAAAUACUGCUACUUUGAAAAAUAGUUUUAAAUUAUUUAUCAAAAAUUUCGAAACCCUUAUUCACCUUUAUAUAUUGUUUGAAUCAAUUUUCUAGUGCUUUGACUGCCAUUUUGGAUCCGCCAAUAUAAAUAAGGAGAAAAAAUAAUAUUACAUUUAUAAUCUGCGACUUUAAAAACCCUUAUUAAUAAUUUUUUGUUUCAAUCCAAUCAUUUUGUUUAUUUAUAUCGGCCAUUCUGAAUUUUGAAAAAAUAACGAUAGAUUCAUUCAGCCACAUUAAAAACCUUUGUACACCGACUUUCAUUAAAAUCAAAAUGUUUUUCGGUUUUUGUCCGCGUUUUUCAGAAAAUGGGACACUGUGCGUUCUAUUGAAAUAUAUACUGGUUUUUACUAAUAGAUUUUACAUUCAAUAAUCGUAUAUACUGCAAAAUAUUUUCCUGUAUAUUGAAGCAGUAGAAAAAAGUAAUUGUUCUAUGUCGGUUUUUUUUCAGGGAAAUUGGCAGUAUGUCAGCGUACGAGCCUUCAGCUAAAUCAGUAUAAAAUGUGAUCUUGAAGUUUAUUCACUAGGCAGACAAAAUCCUUUAGUUUUAGGUUCUAUUUAUUUUAUAUGCUAGUCUUUUAAAAUGAAUUUAUGAUUUAUACAAUAAACUAUUUUUUACCAA